CUGCACCGUGUUCCCUGAACGGUUCCCAGUCACUGCGUCCAUGUGGCGCUCAGGCAGGGAGGAUGCUGUCAGGAGACACAACCAGUUGCUCUCCUGUUGCCACAGGAGCCUAAAAAAGUGGAGCCUCCUCCUCAAACGCACCGACGGAUCGGAUGAGCGACCUGUUGCCUCGCUCAGGUCGCAGACUCUGCCAUGAGAGCCAUCAAGGUGCUCGUUGAUCAUUUCUGUUCCGAAUAGCAGAAGAAGCAGAAUUUCGGGUUCUGCGGAGCAUCUCCUCGAUCUGCGGCGGUGCUUUUUUUUUCUUCCUCUCAUAGCUUGGUGUUUCCAAGAGGAAGACCAUGGUGGAACUGGAAAAGGAGGUGCUCCCGCUGCCUCCUCGGUACCGAUUCCGAGACCUGUUGCUCGGGGACUGGCAGAGCGACGACAGGGUGCAGGUGGAGUUCUACGUGAACGAGAACACUUUCAAGGAGCGCCUCAAGCUCUUCUUCAUCAAAAACCAAAGAUCCAGUCUGCGAGUGCGAAUGUUUAACUUUGCUCUGAAAGUGCUGAGCUGCCUCCUCUACAUCGUCAGAGUCCUGCUUGACAACCCGCGGGACGAGCGACAAGACUGCAUCAGCGGAGCUAACUGCAUCAAACAAAACACAUCAUCCCGUCCCUGGAGUGAGUUUGACUGGAAACUCAUCAUCUGGGUUGAUAGACCUCUUCCUCUGUGGGCACUGCAGGUGCUUGUGGCUUUCAUCAGCUUCUCAGAAACGAUGUUGCUUGUGUAUCUCAGCUACAAGGGCAACGUUUGGGAGCAGGUCUUACGUGUCCCAUUCAUUCUGGAGAUGAUCAGCACCGUUCCCUUCAUGAUCACUGUGAUUCUGCCCUCCCUACGAAACCUUUUCAUCCCCGUAUUUCUCAAUUGCUGGCUGGCCAAACAUGCUUUGGAGAACAUGAUAAAUGAUCUCCACAGGGCGAUCCAGCGGACACACUCAGCCAUGUUUAACCAAGUGGUGAUACUCAUCAGCACGCUGGUCUGUCUUAUGUUUACAUGCAUCUGCGGCAUCCAGCACCUGGAGAGGGCCGGAAACAACUUGACCCUGUUCGACUCGCUCUACUUCUGCGUGGUCACCUUCUCCACGGUGGGCUUCGGCGAUGUCACCCCGCAGAUCUGGCCGUCGCAGCUGCUGGUCGUCAUUAUGAUCUUUGUGGCGCUCAUUGUUCUUCCCAUCCAGUUCGAGCAGCUGGCCUUUCUGUGGAUGGAGCGGCAGAAAUCUGGAGGCAACUACAGCCGCUACCGGGCCCAAACAGAGAAACACGUGGUGCUGUGCGUCAGCUGCCUGAAGAUCGACCUCCUCAUGGACUUCCUCAAYGAGUUCUUCGCUCACCCCCGGCUUCAGGACUACUAUGUGGUGAUCCUUUGCCCGGCAGAGAUGGACGUCCAGGUUAGGAGGGUCCUUCACGUCCCUCUGUGGGCUCUGAGAGUCAUCUACCUGCAGGGGUCUGCCCUCAAAGACCAGGACCUUAUGAGGGCCAAGAUGGACGAUGCAGAGGCCUGCUUCAUCCUCAGUAACCGGUUUGAAGUGGACCGUAUCGCUGCUGAUCAUCAAACCAUCCUAAGAGCCUGGGCAGUCAAAGACUUCGCCCCAAACUGCCCCCUGUACGUCCAGAUUCUCAAGCCGGAGAACAAGUUUCACGUUAAGUUUGCAGAUCAUGUGGUGUGUGAAGAGGAAUUUAAGUACGCCAUGCUGGCUCUAAACUGUGUGUGUCCUGGCACCUCCACUCUUAUCACUUUAUUGAUCCAUUCCUCCAGAGGACAAACGGCACCCCAGGAGGCUUUCAAACAACGUGCAGGAGCAUUUCAGGCUCUUAACCGGGAAGGUGGUGCAAGCUCACCAGACCAGUGGCACCGGACCUACCGGCGCUGCUCAGCCAACGAGGUGCAUCACAUCCGUCUGGAAGAGAGUAAAUUCUUUGGGGAAUACCAGGGCAAGAGUUUCACCUUUGCCUCUUUUCACGCACACAAAAAGUUUGGAGUGUGUUUGAUCGGCGUGCGCAGACUGGACACCACCAACAUCCUGCUGAACCCGGGCCCGUGUCACAUCAUGGGGGCCUCCGACAUGUGUUUCUACAUCAACAUCUCCAAAGAGGAGAACUCGGCCUUCGUCCGGGGACAGAGGGAGCCGUCCUGGGGGGGCACGGGGGUCGAUUCAAGAGGAGUGCACCAGAGCAUCUACCAUGGACUCACCCGGCUGCCCGUUCACAGCAUCAUCGCCAGCAUGGGCACCGUGGCCAUCGAUCUGCAGGACUCCAGCGACAGCAGCCCUGAAGGUCAGGACCCGGGCAGCACGGGGCUCGGCAGUGGAAGAGGCAGCAGGAGCAGCUCCAGGACAGAGAUGGUGGGGGCCAACACCCUGGCCCUGCCCGCCAUGGGAGAGUCGGCGGAUGAGAGGCGGCACAGCAUCGCGCCCGUCCUGGAGCUGGUGGAYGGCGUCAACAACCCCACCUUCGACCUUCUGGGGGAACAGUCAGAGGACGAGGGAGGAGACGAGAGCAAGGACGACAGCGACAAAGACGAAAAUGCUCACUGGUGGGGGCGACUGUGCGAGUGGGUGAAGGGAUACCCCCCAAACUCUCCGUACAUCGGGAGCUCACCUGCACUUUGCCAUCUUUUACAAGAAAAGAUGCCUUUCUGCUGCCUCCGCAUGGACAAGGCUUGCCACCACAUCCCCUUUGAGGACGCACGCUCCUACAGCUUCAAAAAUAAACUGAUCAUUGUGUCUGCGGAGGCUGCAGGAAACGGUUUGUACAACUUCAUCGUGCCGCUGCGGGCUUACUACAGAACGAGGAAGGAGCUCAAACCCAUCGUGCUGUUGUUGGAGAGCAUACCUGAAGCAGAUUUCUUAGAAGCAAUCUGCUGGUUCCCCAUGGUGUUCUACACGGUGGGCUCCAUCGAAAACCUGGACAGUUUGUUGCGAUGUGGCAUCACGUUUGCCGACACCAUGGUGGUGUUUGACAAAGAGAGCUCCAUGAUCGCAGAGGAGGACUACAUGGCUGAUGCGAAAACAAUCGUCAACGUCCAGACUUUAUUCAGGCUGUUCCCGGCUCUCAGUAUCAUCACGGAGCUCACGCAUCCUGCAAACAUGCGCUUCAUGCAGUUCAAAGUCAAGGACCACUACUCCCUGGCUCUGUCCAAACUGGAAAAGAAAGAGAAAGAGAAGGGUUCCAAUCUGGUUUUCAUGUUCCGCCUGCCUUUUGCUGCUGGGAAGGUGUUCAGUGUGAGCAUGCUGGACACACUCCUCUAUCAGUCCUUCGUGAAGGACUACAUGAUCUCCAUCACCAGGCUGCUGCUCGGCUUAGACUCCAUGCCUGGCUCAGGUUUCCUCUGUGCCAUGAAAAUCACAGAAGACGACUUGUGGAUUCGAAACUACGGCCGGCUCUACCAGAAACUGUGCUCCUCUACCGGAGACAUUCCCAUCGGCAUUUACCGUACAGAGGCUCACAAGCUUCCCGUGUCAGAGUCCCAGGUUUCCAUCACAGUCGAGGACUACGAGGACACCAGAGAGUCCAGAGAGCCCCUCCUGUCCCGCACCGGAGCCCACCGGAACUCCACCUCCUCGGAGCCCGUCUCCACCACCUCCCACUCCUCGGACCACCCGCUGCUCAGGAGGAAGAGCAUGCAGUGGGCGCGGCGGCUGAGCAGGAAGGGAGGCCGGGGGUCCAACGCGGCCAAGGGCGGUCCGGGCAGUGCCGCCGAGAGGAUCAGCCAGCAGAGACUGAACCUGUUCAGGCGCUCGGAGAGGCAGGAACUCAACGCGCUGGUGCGAACCAGGAUGAAACAUUUGGGGCUGUCUCCGACCGGAUUCAAUGGGAUGACAGACCAAGGCAACAGACUGUCGUACAUCCUCAUCAACCCUUCUCCGGACACCCGGCUGGAGCUGCACGACGUUGUGUACCUGAUCAGACCAGACCCCCUCUCUCUGGUGCCCAAUCAGGGGAACAGCAGGAAGUGCAGCGCCGGACUAUCAGAGAGCCACAGGUUUGAUACGCAGGAUAGCACCCACCUGUGAGGGACAAAGAAAAAGAUCACAGCACCGCUGGAGAGAGAGGAAACAAGAUCAACGCAAUCAUGGAGGGAGAAGAGGAGAGAAACUCAGAAAAUGACGAGCGAGGGAGUGGGGGGAGGAGACAGACAGAUGGCACAAAGCCCUUGUGUUUCCAGAAAUGCAUGGACCUUUAAAAAAAACCUGAAUGUUGGGAUAUUUUAUUUAUGCACCUUCCUAUUUUUAGUGGAGAGUCGCGGACACAGAAGUGCAUUUAAUUAAAAACUGUAUGUAUAAAUGUG